AUGAAGAUCAAUAACCGAAUGUCCUAUCAGAAGACUGAAGGGUUUACACCAAUCCGACCAUCCACUAGAGCUGAAGCGGAGGAUCAUGGCUAUUUCCACUCUCGUAAGCCCAGCAGUGCAGGAAAUGGCAGUGCCACGAGCGAGUCAGAAGUGUCGCCUUUUGGCAUGUCGAAACCUCCGACGUUAAUGAGGAGACCACAGUACACAAAAGAACAACCCAAAUCCGAAGUUCCAGAGACAGAUACAGCAAUUGAGGCAGUAUCGCUUUCAAGUCGUCGAAAUUUGCAGCGCGAUCCAUCGUGGGCACCAACACCUUCCAAAUAUAUAGGCCGCGACCGCGACACCUCCGAAUCCAAUGGAUAUAGGGACAGCUUCGCAACACAUUCGCAAUCUGGUCUGGCUUCUGGUCAUCCUGCAGACCCGCCACGACCUGCAAAGGAGGGGAUGGAGUGGGUGUGGUUUCCGGAAGGAUACUGGGCAGAGCGCGAAAGAAAGGAAUUGUUCAUGAUGGAAGGCAAGCAGAAGACAAUCCAAAAGUGGUUCAACCGUAUCCCGGAAACAAGGUUCAUAAGCCCUUUCCAAGACCAGUCGCCGAAUGAUAGUCCAACGAAAACACUUAUACCUAGAAUCAAGAUUGGAAGCAUCAAUACCAGAAAGAGUUCGUCGAAGGCAAGCUCUCGAAGAUUGAGUGAGAGACAGAGUGAACCGGGUUUCAGCAGCUCUUUCGGCAGCAGAAUUAAGAAAAUAAGUACAAAUAGGCUCUCGACUUCAAGUCGUGGAGAGCAAGAGAAGUCGGGCUUGUACAGCAGGACCAAAAAGACUAUUGAAACGCGUUUGCUUGGAAAGCACCAAGAACGAUCUCAAGAAUCUAGCGAAGAGGAAAAGGGACCCGCGUCUCGUACGACAAUUCUCUUGCAGGGCACCACCCACCCACUCGAGGUCUUUGAACAGCAACAGAAAGACCGACAGAGGGUGGAAACCCGACUGUUGUCAAUUUAUCCACCUGCUUCUCCGGAUGGUCGCCGCCGUGGACUUGCUCCGUGGCAUCGUCGACAAUCACACGAGUCAAUGCUCUCGGUUUCAAGUUCGAUUUACAAGAUCCUCAUGGGGAAGUCACCUGCUGCUACCCCGGCAUCUCAUCAGUCGAGCGGAGGGAGUGGAGGGAGUGGAGGAAGCUCGAGAAAACCGGGCAAGGGCGCGGCAAAAUUCGAUCCUUCGGCACCAAACGCAAACACGUUUCUGCCAACGGAAGCGAGACGCAUCACCACUCCACCGAUGUCCGAAAGUGUACCAGCGAAAAGCCCUGCAGGGUUCUUUUUCGAUGCUACACCUAUGCUUAGUCCAGCUGUCGAUAGUUGUAACGGAGAUCAUAAUCCAAUGGAUGUCUCUUCUGGUACCUCAGUACGAUCUCGGACAGCGACGAGAAGGAGCCGCUUCAUGGGGCGCUGGUCUCGGUCGGCAUCAGGACAGAAGUCUACCGAUAGAUCCACGCUGGCAGCUAAUAAGUCGGAAUUCGAGCUCAACAUACCAGAGCAUCUUCCAAGCAGCCCUCUGUGCCCUCGAAAUCCUAAGCACAAGAGUGGUGGCAAGGGCGUUUGUGUAUAUCACGGUCGCGGAGCGGAGAAUACUGGGAGCCAGAAGUAG